CCAAACAAAAAAAAAGAGUUCCACUGAGAGAAAUUUCUUCACAAAAAGUGGCGGACAGCGCCACGGCGAUCCCGGCAAUGCUUGUAUACUAAAUUCUUGACGUUUCAGCUUCUGCGAUUCUGCUGAGGCUGUUUGUUUGACAAUUAAUGUUAGGUUGAAGGAAGUAAUAAUUGUAAAAUCAGGUUGCUGGGCUGGUGUCAUCUUCAACAACAAUAAACAAUAAAAAUCAAGAAUUAUGUACCAGUUAAUUGUUUAGACAUUCUUAAUCUUCUACACGUGUCCUUCGCUGCCCUACCCUUCAUCAUUUUCUUGCAACUUGGAAGCAAUCUUUCAUCAAUGCUUCGGCUUUCAACUUCUGGGCUUUUCUCUUCUUCAGAAAAAUGGCUUCUACUAUGUAAGGAAAAGACAGAUGGAUGAUUCUGAAUUUUUCCAGUUUUAAAGAGAUAUAAUGAAGAAUUUUGCUGGGGCUCCUGGUACUUGGACUGGACUGGUUCUAAGGAUGGCUCAGUGCUUGUUUGCAGCUGGUUCAAUUGCUUCAAUGGCCACUACCAAAACCUUCUUCAGUUAUACAGCUUUCUGCUUCUUGAUUGCUUCAAUGGGUUUGCAAGUCAUCUGGAGUUUCGGGCUGGCUUUCAUGGAUGCCUACGCAUUAUUGACAAAGAAGGUUUUGCACAAUCCUGUGCUAGUCAGCCUCUUUGUGGUAGGAGAUUGGGUCACAGCAACAUUAUCCCUUGCAGCGGCUGCUUCUUCAGCUGGCAUAACGGUGCUCUACUUUGGAGACUUGGGAGGCUGCAGUCUGGGAGAAGAAUGCAUAAAAUACGAGAUGGCCAUUGCACUGGCUUUCUUAAGUUGGAUAACUAUAGCUAUUUCGUCCCUGAUCAUGUUUUGGCUUCUUGCAGCAGGUUAGAUUUUUCAAUGAUUGCUCGAUUAUGUAUACCAAAGUUGUAUUUUCUUACAAUGUUUGUAACUUCUAAAAUACUGAAUCGAAAAUUGUAUAGAAAGAAGAGAUAAGGAAACAAAAGACACCAACAGUUGAAUCACCAGAAAUCUUGUUUUUGCACUAACGCGUAGUAACAA